AUGCACCACGGGAGUCCGCCGUGCUGGUGCGCCGUGAGCAUUGGCCAAAGCGCAUCGUUCAGCAACACCGCGGCCGCCAUGCUAAUGUCCUUUCUGCUCCGCUGUCACAUCCGGACGACACAUCGUGACACGGUGAUUGAGCGGCGGCACGUGCUACCCUACCUCAAGCUGGCCCAAGGUGCGUCCAUCGGAAAGCCCGGCACGCAUUCGGCGGCGCGCAGCGCUCCUCCAACCUGCAGCGCGCCGCUGGCCAACACGGACUAUGUGGGCCAGGACUUGAGUAACGUCGCUGCCACGUCCGUCAACGAGUGCUGCGCGGCUUGUCUCGCUGUCGCCACCUGCAACGCCUACAGCUUCAAGGCCAACGUCUGCUACCUCAAGAGCGGCAGCAACAACCAAGUGUCGCUGCCGGGCGUCACGGCCGUCGCGCUCUACCGCUGCUCGGCACCGGAGCUCGGCGUCGACUAUGUCGACAACGACAUUGGCAAUGUGGCGUCGCCAUCGUACGUGCGCUGCUGCGAGCUGUGCCGCAACACGGCCGGGUGCCAUGCGUUCUCGUGGGCCAGCGGCGUGUGCUACUUGAAGAGCGCCAAGGGUGCGACGACGAACGCAGCCGGCGUCACCUCGGCCAUGGUGCUUUAG